AUGAAGAUCCUCUUCAUCUGCACAGCGCACAACUCCCUCUCUCAGAGGCUCUACCUUGCCCUCUCUCAACUCCACGCCGUCACUAUCGAGUAUGCCCUCUCCGACGAAGGCAUGCGGGAAGCCGUCCGCCUGUCCAAACCAGACCUCAUCAUAUGUCCCUUCCUGACCUCCCGCGUCCCAACGGAUAUAUAUGAGGAGUAUAUGACCCUCAUCGUCCACCCUGGGCCUCCAGGCGACGCCGGCCCGUCUUCCCUCGACUGGGUACUCAUGGGCGACGAUGGUUCUGAGUCCGACCCUGCAAAGCUGCUCCAGAGAGACACUCUGAGCGAAAAGGGCCGGCCAUACUGGGGACUCACUGUCCUGCAGGCUGAGGCCGAAUUCGACGCUGGUCCGGUCUGGGCAUAUGAGCAGUUCCCGGUCAACAUCGACGAACCGGGCCUUACCAAGUCUGGUCUGUACCGUGGACCUGUCACACGUGCAGCCGUUUCUGCAUGUCUCGCCGCUGUGGAUAGAAUCAAUGCGACCGCUUACACCUCGGCGCCCAUCACACCACCACUCACACCCGGUUCCAGUAACUGUCCAAGCCCAGUUUACCGUGCCAUACAUCCCGGUCUGAAGGCAAAGCCCCAAUACAAGGAACUGUCCGUUGGACUCCAGAAACCGUUCCUCGGCGGCGUCACACACCACCGCCCACUCCUUAAAGCUGGCCAGCGAGACUUCGACAUCAAGUCCCACAGCGCCAAGGAGAUCUCGAGAAGGAUCCGGUGCGCUGAUUCGCAACCCGGCUGCCAGAGCGCCGUCUUGGGUCAAGGAAUGUACAUCUACGGCGGUAUCGUCGACGAUGGGCCAUGGAUCUCAGCUGUCAAUGCCCUUCCUGGUGCUAUCAUCGCUGUCCGCGACGAAGCGGUCUGCAUAAAGACGGCAGAUCAGCAUGGCAUCUGGAUCACACACGUUCGACGUAUCAAGAAGAAGACAGAUCCCAAGCUCUGGCCCAAGGUCCCAGCGGUAUUUGGCCUGCGCCAGCUUGGACUCCUCACAGACGAUGCUGUCGCCAAGCUUUCCCGCCCAAAUGCCACCCAAGGCUGGUCUAAGUGCCCACAUGGCACCUUUCAGGAAGUCUGGGUCGACUUCGCGACUGUCGACGAGACUAGCUCAUCGCGCGUGGCCUAUGUCUACUCAGACUUCUACAACGGUGCCAUGUCGACUGCCCAAUGCAACAAGCUCGUCGAGGCCUUGGAUUACGUCCUCAGCACUCACACUUCCCAAAAUCCAUUGUCUGCGCUCGUCAUGAUGGGCGGCAAUGGUUAUUUCAGCAAUGGCAUACACUUGAACGUCAUCGAGUCUGCGGCCGACCCGGCGAUGGAGUCCUGGGACAACAUCAACCGCAUCAAUGACGUAGUAUACCACCUUCUGCAUGAAUUCCCUUCCCGCAAUAUUCUCACCAUCGCCGGAAUUCGUGGCAACGCUGCCGCCGGCGGUGUCGCUCUCGCUGCAGCAUGUGAUUCUGUCGUGGCUGGUGCGGAUGUCGUCUUGAACCCUGCAUAUAGAGCCUUGGGUCUGUAUGGGUCCGAGUACCACAGCAUCAGCUAUUACGGACGCUGCGGACCGACUGGCGGUAAGCGAAUUCUGAGAGACAUGACGCCAAUUUCUGCAUAUGACGCGCGAUCUAUUGGUCUCGUGGAUCACGUUCUUCCCGGUUAUGGCACACUACUCGACACCAGGAUCAGAAACCACGUCAAGGCUGUCGUCCGCUCGUCCGCUCCGUCUACUCCCAAUGGCAGCCCUAAUACCAGCCCGAGCUCCAGGAGUACCAGCAGGAAUAUCCUCAAGAGCAGGAGCAGCACACCAAGCCUGAAAAAGAAGACCAGCGUUGCCAGUCUCAACGGGACCUCCAGCGGGCCGCGAUAUGCACCUGGCGCCUGGAAGAGCAAUGCGGACAUCACCCCUCAAGGUCUGAACCGCGCAAGAGCAAUGGAGCUCGGCGAGAUGUCGCGGGAUUUCUGGAGCCCCAGGGCAGAGAGAUACCACAGCCGGCGAGCGGCCUUCGUGCGCAAGAUGAAAGCCACCUCGACGCCGCUUAGGUUUGCCAAGCACCGGAGAAGCGAUAUGGACUCCGGCAAGCUUGAUGAAGAGGAGACAGAGGAUUACGACUCGGUCCAAUAUUUUGCACAGAAGCAAGCAAAAGAACUCGAGGCAAGGAUGGCGAAAUUCAUCGUACAAAAUGCGACCAAAGAGGCUGGGCAGCCCGAGGGAGAAAUCGGUGUCGCUGUCACCGGGGAUGUUCCUGCUAAGCCUAAGGAUCAAGGCCCAGUUUUUGCGUGUUACUACAACGCAUAA